AGUGGAGCAGUUCAUUGAAAGUAUAGCUGCUACUAGGAGAGCUGAGCCCCACCAGCCCUGCCUCUGGAAACGGGAUCCAAGCAAGAGACAGCAAAGCAAACUGUCCGUCCAUCCAGGCACGCAGGCACGCACGCACAGGCAAAGAUAAACGGGAGUCGCUACACCAAACAGAACCAGAAAAUCAGCCCAGCAGAGUCACCAUGUCAAAAGCAGAGGAUGAACGCUGCAGCAACCCAGCCUUGCUCCAAAUCUCUACGCAAGAAGUUGAAAACAGCCUUGGCAGUUCAAAGGUGCAGAAGAUGUGCACCUCCCGGCGGAUAUUGCUGCUUAUACUUACCUUCCUGGCAUAUACGGUUGAUUCUGUCUCCACAUAUAAUCCUACUGAAACCCUUUGUGGUGGAGAGCUGGUGGACACACUGCAAUUUGUCUGUGGGGACAGAGGCUUUUAUUUCAGUAGGCCUGUGGGUAGAAACAGAGGAAGACUCAAUCGUGGCAUAGUGGAGGAGUGCUGCUUCCGGAGUUGUGACCUGAAUCUCUUGGAGACAUACUGCGCAAAAUCUGUCAAAUCAGAGCGGGACCUCUCUUCAUCUCUUGUGGUCUUACCAGCACUAAACAAGGAUAUCUUUCAAAAGCCCUCCCAUGUCAAGUACUCAAAAUACGACAUUUGGCAGAAGAAGAGCCCGCAGCGCCUUCAGCGGGGAGUUCCCAACGUCCUCCGUGCCCGCAGGUAUCGAUGGCAGACCGAAGGGCUGCAGGCGUCUGAGGAAUCCAAGAACCAUCGCCCGCUGGUCGUCCUGCCAACGCAGACACCUCUGGCUGUGCACACCACCUCAGAAACAUCAGGCACCCAGAAGUGAACUGUGACAGACAAUUUGCAAAAGUGACUCUUUAUUAUUCCUUUUUCCCGGUCUCAUGGGAGGUGUUUUCCAGGUCCGGCCCCAGCCUUUUCUUUCUUCCAGACCAAGGCGGAGGGGAGAGACAAAGGUCCUUUCACACCAAGGAACAACAGGAAAAGGGGCACGGGAACACCAAAAGAGUGGGAUUAUAACAUCGGCGGUGGCAGCAGCAGCAUUUUUGUGGCAUUGUCUUUAAUUUUUUUUUUAAUCUGUUGGUUGGCUUUGUACUUUCCUACCCAGUAUUUUCAGCUUGAACUUAACAGGGACAGCUAAGGCACUUGAACUAUGUAAUAACAGACCUGCCUUUCAAUCCAUAUACUAACCAAUGAAGACAGCGAGAGAAGAUCAUGGUAUUAAAAGAAGGCCAAAUUCUAUGUCUCAACUGACAGUAAAAAGAAAAGGAGGGAAAACAAAAUCUGAGGUUUCAAAGGUUGGCCUAACCUUUGCCCCAUUUUAUUGUUUUAUAAGUCACAAUUGAUAUAUUUGAGGGUUGGGGUUUUUUUUUGUUGCACAUUUUAAAAGCUAGAGAUGAAAUGAUGAGGCCCACUACCUUUAUUAAUUACACAGUUCAAAAUGUACUUGCACCUUUUAAAAAUCACCGAUGAAGUGAAAGAGUUUGGGUGAACGUAAGUUCACUUUAAUGGCAGAGGCGUCUGCAUUGCACAUUUGCCACAGAUUUAGUUGAAUUAUAUGAAAUAUAUAUUAUAUAUAACUUUUUUUUUUUUUGGCAGAAAAGCACUAUUUUUAAUGGGACCAUUUUGUGUGUGUCUAGUAACUGAAGAGGGAUUGUAAUGUUUAAAUGUUGUUAAUGGUGCUAAUGUAAGUUGGAAGGGGAAAACAAACCCAGAAAUUACAAGAGGGCAGGGUGGGAAGGACAAGAUCUCGAAAUAUACUGAACUUGAAAUUUUUUAGCUUUUCGUUUUAGGAAAGUGUGACAAGUGUGUUCUUUUUUUUUUUUUUUUUUCUCUUCUGAAAUAUAGCUUGGUCAUGACCAUAAGAGCUAAUUGCCACUCACAUGUAUACAUAAAAUCGCACACACAGGCAGAAUCACAAAUACAUCUAUAUACAUUUUUAGGUGAAAAUAUAUAUUUUUAAAAAUACUUUAUUCAGUCUCUGAUAUCCAGAUCCUCCUCCAGCAUGCCUUCUGCAAAGGCCUUUGCAUGUGCUGGGUAAGUAAGCCAUCAUGGACCUACUCACUGUAUGAAAUGCUCUCCUUAGCUUUUGCUGAACAAGAGCCACCCUCCUCUUGUGCAGUUCGGCCAUUUUCUGUCUCCCUCAGCCACCAUCUCAUCUGGUCAGCCAGUAUCUAUUCACACCUUUCAGGGUUUCCAAGAAGAUAAAAUCAUUGCCCGGAGUUGCCUCCUUAGGAUGGGUAGUUCAACUAACAAACCUUCCUGCUUUGGUUGCUUUUACUGCUUUUCCAAAGAGUAAGUUCUUGGAGAGAUCUCUUGUGCAUCCCUUUUGUAUUAAAGGGAACCACUUAGAACCACACUAUGUUCUUCCAGUCGUAGGGAAGGAAAGGGGAAUGCAAAGGAGAACGAGGAGGUAAUUGCAUUUGUAGAAACAGUUGGUGGCCUUUAUGGCUCUAACAUUCUUGAGGUGCAAGGGAGGCAUAACAAUUCUAUGUCUUCAUUCUGGAGGUACAAAAGGAGAACCUCGAGCUUAAUACAUCAGAGAUGAGAAAAUAAGAAUUCAGUUGCUUGAAGCUCAUUCCUUGAUUUGAGCAAUGUGCAGCAGGUGGCUUUAUAAAACUAUUGGAACUAACUUUUAAUCUUAGAUUCAAGAAUGGGAGAACCCAAUAAUCCUUUUGUGUACACAGAGUUGCUUAGAAAAACAGGAACAUUUAAACUCAUUCUGCACCGGCUUUGCUUUAUAUCUAUAUAUCUAUCUAUCUAUAUAUAUGUGUGCAUUUAAAGAACCUAAAGAUUAUACUUGAAUUGUAUUCUUUUCUUUUUUUUUAAAUGUAGGGUUUGGGGGUUUUUUACAUGUUUUAUCAGUUUUGAAAUUUUUAUCUUGCAAUCUUGAGCCAUGAGACCUUUGGGAUAUUAGUUUGCCAUGGCCCGGGGGGAGGGGGGUAGCUCCCUUAAUCAGGUAUGAAGUAGAAAAUAAUUACUUUAAUUAAAAAGUAAGUGGGGAGGGGGCAAAAGACUUCCUGUUUGCAAAUGAUUUUUACCAAAACGAGCCCACUUUUAUGCAUAAAAUGUUCACACAGGUGUAUCAAAUGUUUAUUGUUUCCCCCUGCCCCCACCCCUAUAUUUAGUAUAUCAGAAGGAUGGAACGGAGAAUUGCUUUCUAAGGGGUAAUAGUGAUGAAAGAGAAAAGGGAAUUUCUGUAUAAUCUGGGCUCUGUUUUUGAUAAUUCUUGAGAGGUAUCCUUGGCAUUGCAAAGCAGUGGUGUGCUGGCUUUGAAUUUAUAGUAUGUUGGUGCAUAGAAUGCUCCUAAAGCAAAAUGUGCCACUAAGGGAUUGUCAGUUGGGAAAAAUCUCCAAAGUCAGCAGAAAGACUUUGUGUUCAUACAGCUUUGGCACUUCCACAGCUUGGAAGCUGGUUCAGUGCCCCUCUAGCUGCUCUCAAAGACUGCUGUUCAAGGUGGUUAAUUUCUCACUUCAUGUACUUACGUGCCUCAGUGUCAGAUGCUGAGCUUUUUUUAAUGAUGCUUUGCCAAUAUCUCCCCUCCCAAAGGCAUAUCGGAUUUAUUCUUAGUGACUAAAUCUGGGCAAGGAGACUUGAACAGAAGAAAAAGCUGAGCAUUGGAUAGCAUCUUGCCUGCUUGCUGCAAUUCCAGGCGUACAGGCACCCGUAAGGCUUCAGCCCUAUGCGUUUGCAUUGGAACAAGCCCCAUUAAAUGGACUAGCUGUACGAACAAGUUGGACUGCCUGUUUUAUGCAAAAGUAUUCUAUCAGAGAAUGAUGUGUUCUCACAACAAGAUAUGCAACUACGCCAAAGGGAACGUUCACAUCACCUAUGUGCCUUGGAAAUACUGAGUAGUUCAAGCUGGCUGAAGAGAGUGCAAAGUCUGUAGCAAGGCAUGCAAGGUUUGAGUGGCGGUACGGUGAGGAUGUCUUCUGGCUGCCUGUUAAUAGGGAUCAAAAUUUGAUGAGGUUGGGGUUAUAAUUGGCAUAGCACGUGAAAUUCUAGGGGAAAGGAACACAGCUCAGUCUGCUAGGAGUUACCUGUAAAACACCUUUAUUGUUACAACAUAACUGAUUCUAGGGGCAAUUAUAGUUUACAAAAAGUUUUUUUUUUUGCAUGAUGGGGGAAAUCCACUUAAAAAUGAGCACAGAAACAUUACUGGAACACAUACCAGGUCCGUUUUCUUCAACCCACUGGUGCAAAGCCGUAGCACCCGAGGGAAAGAGCAUGGUUCCCCAAACUGGUCCCACUGUUUUACUUCAUCCAUUUCAUUUGCAAAGGCUCAGUCUUUUGGUGAUGGACCUUGCUGCCUCUGCACUAAAUGAAGGGAAGAAUUAUACUUGUUUUGUUUUUUUAGGGUUUUUUUUUGUCUAAUUGUAUGUAUUAUUGUCUGCUUAAGUUUUAUAUUGUGGGGAGGGUGUGGGGAAGGGGGAGAUGGGAGUUGAUGUAUCUUGAAAUACUUCACUUGUGUGCACUCAACAUGCAAGAGUCAAAUUGCCCGGAUUCUGCACCUAUUGUACUUUUCAUUCAUACAGUAUCAAUAAAGCAAUCAGUUAUAAUGUC